UGAUGUGUAUGAGGUCAUCACCCCACCACCUUCAGGGACUAUGCCCUGUCUCCAUAGCAACUUCUGGUCCCAGGUUGGCCCAGAGUGAGUGUGGGUCAAACCGGGCCUAAGCAGGCCUGACGUGGACCAGACCAGGCUGAAGUGGGCCCGAAGCAGGCCAGAGUGAAGCAGAGACACCAUGCACCAGCUGUUUGGCCUGGUACUGGGCCAGAGAGACCUGUCCCGGGCUGGAGACCUCUUCUCCCUGGAAGACUCUGAGAUAGAGGACUGUCUCUCACAGGCCCUGGAGGAAAUCAAGGCUAUCUCCUGCUCUCCUGACUACCUGACCAAUGACAAUGACCAGGCGGUGGUGGAGAUCUGCAUCACGCGCAUCACCACGGCGAUCAGGGAGACUCGGUCCAUCGAGCGCCAUGGGGGGGCACUAGUGGGUCUGUGGGAGUCCUGUCUGGAACACAACCUCACCCCCCAGGGUAAAGACGAAGACACACCCCAUGCCAAGAUAGCCUCCGACAUCACCAGCUGUAUACUGCAGAACUACAGUCGUCCCCCAGUGAUGGCUCUAGCAGUGCCGGUGGCAGUGAGGUUUCUACAGAGAGGCAACAGAGAGCUCAGUAGAAACAUGUCCAGUUAUCUCUCUCUGGCUGCCAUGGCUAAGGCUGAACUACUGGCAGAACACACAGAGGCUAUCACUUGCAGCGUGCUGGGAGGCUCUGUGUCUAGACUCUCGGUGUCUAGAUCUCUGGUGUCUGGGCUCUGGUGUCUGGGCUCUGUGUCUAGAUCUCUGGUGUCUAGAUCUCUGGUGUCUAGAUCUCUGGUGUCUAGAUCUCUGGUGUCUAGAUCUCUUGUCUAG